AUGCCUGCCGCUCAGAAGGCCGCAGUCGCCAUUGUGCAAGUCGUUGGGGUCUACGUGCCCAUGCUUGCUGGAAGCGUUAUCCUCGAACAGAAAGUCAUCAAGGAGAAGGUCGAAAUGGAGACCAAGUGGCUGAUUGAUCACAACAAGAAUGGCAAGCCCAAGCCUUUGGCCGCCAACGAAUUGCCUUCUGCCCCCAAGAGUGGUUGA